UACUGCUUGUCCUGCUUGACGCUUGUCUUGUAAUAACGUGUAUAAUAAAAUAAAGCGGUUUAGAAUAUUUAACUUAUAAUAAAGGAAGCAAAAAUUACACUAAAUAUUGUGAAAAUUCAUACAAAUACUUUGUAUAAGUAAUAUAUAAUCUUUCUUACAUUAUUUUGCUCAGCUAUAGGAAAAUGUCUAACGAAGAUGUUAUUGAAUUGGGGUCUUCCGAUGAAGAGAAGGAACCUGCACCAAAAAAGAAAAAAACUAUACCCAAUGCUAUGGUACGCAUACCAAAUCCAUACGCGAAACUUCCAGGUUUAACUAUAAAGCCCUCUAAAAAGGCGCCGGAGAAAAGUCAGAAACUUGACUUAAAUAAAAAAAACAUAAAUGCUUCAAUUAAAUUGCCACAACAGCUUGUAAACAGUAAUGUUAGAGAAACUGCAAGGAUAUCAGCUAAUAUGCAAUGUCUUCUAGCAAAGAAACAAGGACUCAGCUGUAUACCAAUUAAAAUGUGUAAGCCCAUUAGGCCUGCUAAUUCAACUACUAAUGUUGCUAAUAAAGCCACAAUUUCAAAUAAGACCAAAAUAAAGGGUAUUAUACCUGGUAGGAUGCUCUUAAAUAAUUUGCCUCCAAGUAUAACAAUUAAAAGAACAAAUGAUUCUCCUACAAGGAACAUAUCUCAAUUAGGUAAACAAUCACAAAAGAAAAUGAAAACUAAAAAACAUUCCCCUCAAGUAUUACAAACAGUUGAAAUUGAUGAUGAAGAUGUGCCAGUAGCAUCUACAUCCGUACCUCAGUGGUACAAAAGACCUGAAGAGGAAGAUGAUGGAGUAAGUUUAAAGACAGACACAAGUCUAGAAAAAGUUGAAUCGUUAGAAGAACAAAAUAAUAAGGAACCUGAACCAAACAGAUACAUUGAAAUAACUAUUGAAGAUAGUCCAAUAAAACCUGCCCAAUCUAAACAUACUGGUGAAGCUAGCAAUGCUAUCACUAUUGAAGAUAGCCCCAUAAAAGCAUUUGUUAACAAAGAUGAAAAUAAUCCAACAUUAAACUCAAAGCAAGAUAAAAAUAGUAAAAAGAAACUUGAUUAUCCACAUGAGAUACCUAUUGAAAAUAAUGGAAUGGUAGAAAUUGAAAUCCAACCUAUGGAAGAGAAUGAUGUAAUAAAAAUUAACCAUGAAUACAGAGCAAAUAAAACAAAGCCGAGUAACUUGAAUGACCAGCGUAAAACUGAAUCAAGGGAAACUGACUCUAGGCAAGACAAGGAAUUCAAUGCUACUUAUCAAAAGUUUAUUGAUACAUGUUUUCAUAUUGAAAACUCUGAUGACAUGAAAAAGAUAGUUGAAAAGAAAAUCAAAGCAUAUUAUAGACAAUGUUCUAAAGAGUUUGUUGAUUCAGAGGAGUUCACAGACUUGGUGUCUGGAAAGAUUCUUGCUAUAGAAGCAUCACCAGACAAAAUGUAUCUUUAUAUUAAGGAUGUUGUUGAUGAGUUAAAUAUGCAACGGAAAAUGACGAAAGCCAAUAUAAAGAAUGAAGAUGACUAUGAAGACUCUAAUGAAGACACAAUGGAUAGAAGUGAAUAUGACACUAAGCGUCAGAGACAAAUUCGAAAGUUGGAAAAAACACUGAAGAAAUUACACAGAGCUAUUCAAAAGCUUGAAGAACAGGAAGUUGACUUUGAUGAUGAUGAUGACUCAGUUUAUUUGUUAACUGAGAGGUAUAAAGAAAGAUUAGUCAAAGUACACGCAAAGUUCUGUCAGUUGACAAACACUAAAAUGCCAUCAGAGCCAAGUAUUAAACUUGAGGUUCGUCCUGGCCGACCAUCCGGCCCUGUACGUAAAGUUGAAAAGCUUAUCAAUGUUAAAGUGCCAAUUGGAGCGCCGCUACCAUUUCCUGAUUUCCAUGAUGUGCUACGUUGUGUAAGAGAGGCCAACCAGGAAGAUAAACUUGGCUGGAGUGAAAUGGAAAUUAUAGAAGAAGCUCGAUCUAUAUUUACAAGUUGUGGCAAAAAAUUACAAAGACGUCGACAGGAGAACGAAUGGAGAAUAGCAGCAUCUAGACUACCAACAACUGAAGACCCUGCUGAAAAGGAUGAAGAUCUUAAGAACAUUCUACAGAAAAACAAAGAAGUAGCUGCGAAAAAGGAGUCAGAAGUUUUCAACAAGUAUGCUGAUCGACAAAUUCAAUUAAAAUUAGAAGCAGUAGAAAUAGGCGAUAAAGAAGCUGACGAAUCUCCAAUAGAGAGUGAGGAAGAUGAUGAUGCAGACAGCACUUUAUUAAAAGAUAAAGAAAAGAGAAAAAGUCGUUUAAAGAGGCUUAUCCAGGAAAAGUCUAAAUUGGUUAAUGAAAGAUCAAAAGAAGUAGUACCUAAAAAUGUAGAAGACGAUCAAGAAAAAUCGGAUCAGAUUGAGUGCGAUAAAGGAAAAUCGGAUCACGUUGAUGACGGUGGAAGCGGUAGUAAUGUUCAGAAAGAGAAAGAUAAUGAAAUAAUAAAUAGUGAUUCCGAACCUAAAGAUAAUGACGAUAAUGAAUUACAGACUAUUAGUGAGGAUAAUAAUAUUGAAUCAGACGUUGAUGAAUUACACCUUUUGCAAAAAUUAUAUUCGGAAAAUGAAGCAAAUUCUUCUGAAGUAGAUUCAGAAUCAGAAUCGCCAAUUAGUUUAUCUGAUUCUGAUAAUGAAAACCCAAGAGGUGAUGCUGAAAGAUCUACUCUGUACGCUAUGGAUGUUAUAAGCAUUGAAAACUCAAGUUACUCUGAUUCCGAAAAUACCCUUGAAGAUGCUAAUAAUAAACACUUUGAAGUGAGUAUCGAAAAUAAAGUGGAAGAAUUAUCUAACAUUAAUGAAGUUGAAAUGUUAUCUGGUGAUUGUAAUAAUAUCCAGAAACAGACUACUACUGAUAAUUGUAAUGGUGAAAAUAUUAAAAAUAUGACACACGCCGAAGAUGCCACCCAAGAACAUAAUGAUAUCGUUACCCAACCUGAGCAGAUUCUGCUGUCACCGGAGGCGGAAGAAGCAAAUGAGAAUAUUUUGCUUGGUUCAUCUGAUGAUGAUGAUCACAUAGUUAAUGACAAAGAAGUCGAAGCGUGUGUUAAUUUAGGAGAUGAUAAUAUAUCAAUUUCAGAAACAUGUAUCGGUAUUCUAACACCAAAUGAAAAUAAUAUUGAAGAUAAAGAGAAAGGUCUCAUACAAAACGAUAAAAAUGAAAAUCUUGUGCCUCCACUAUGCAGCGACGAAAUAGAAAAAAGUGACUCAAAUGUGGAAAAUACUAACAUCAAAAUAGAUCAAGAAGAUUUGGCUAUGCCUCCACUAUGCAGCGACGAAAUAGAAAAAAGUGACUCAAAUGUGGAAAAUACUAACACCAAAAUAGAUCAAGAAGAUUUGGCUAUGCCUCCACUAUGCAGCGACGAAAUAGAAAAAAGUGACUCAAAUGUGGAAAAUACUAACACCAAAAUAGAUCAAGAAGAUUUGGCUAUGCCUCCACUAUGCAGCGACGAAAUAGAAAAAAGUGACUCAAAUGUGGAAAAUACUAACACCAAAAUAGAUCAAGAAGAUUUGGCUAUGCCUCCACUAUGCAGCGACGAAAUAGAAAAAAGUGACUCAAAUGUGGAAAAUACUAACACCAAAAUAGAUCAAGAAGAUUUGGCUAUGUCAGUCACAGAAAAUAUAUAAUUGUACAGAUUUAAUUAAGGCCAAUAUUUAAUAAUUUUCUAAAUAGAAAGCAAAUAUUAAAGACUGAACAAUAUUCAGCUUCAAAUUAAUCAUUGGCAAAUUUUAAAUAUGCAAAUAAAUAUUAUGCUGUUUAAAAUUAAUUGUAUUUGCAUCACAGGUUUAUGGUAUAAUAUGUACAUAUAUAUAAUUUAAUUAUACCCAAUACUUUUAUUGUUAUGAUUUAGGAUUUAGAAAUAUCAUUAUUUCUGAUAUGAUAUUUUUCUUAAAUAUUUGAUGCACAUCAUCUGCUGCAAGUUAUAAGUGAAAAUGUAUAUUAUUAUAAUUUAGUAUUUUUUGUUUGUACUCAAUAAAAUUUCAAUAGUGAA